AGAAAUUAUGUCAUCACUGGCAUAGCUAACAGAAGAAGGAAAAAAACAACCCUAUUGUGAUUAACUAAUAGAUACAUGUAUCAGUAUUAUAUAUACAAUGAAUGGUAGCCUACAUUGUGUUAACUAUGAAAUUCACUAACAUACUGUUUGAGAGACAAAAUUACAAUGAUAUAAGUGAAUUGAAAAUGAUGAUUAAAAUAUAUCUUUCUUUUUCAAAAAAACUAAUAUAAUGUACCCACGCAAAUGAAUUAUAUAUACAGAGAAACUUGACACAUCUAAACAAAUACACAUACAGUAUUUAAUUUGUGUGUUUACAAUAAUUCAUUCUGACUUUUUUUUGUUAUUCAUCGAUAAUGUUCAUUUCGAUGACAAUCCACUUAAUUAUUCUAUUGUAUACAUAACCCCAUAGUCUUGGAUUCAUUAUCAAUCGGUAUAUUUAAUUAUGAAAAGAAAUAAAGAAUAUUUCAUUGGAUAGUAUUAUUAUAUCAUAAUGCAAUAACAUUUAAAUUAUGUAUCAAUCACAUUGUUUAUUAUUAAUCAUUUUAUUAACAAUUUAUACUGUGAAUAUUCUUCAAGGAUGUAUGAAAUCAUCAAUGUUUUAUCGUACACCAAUACGUACACGUUCUCAUGUAUUUGUACCAGGUGAAUAUCAACCAAAACAAUUAGAAAGUAAUUUAGAAGCUAGUGGACCAUUAGAUACAAGAGAUUUUCAUAAUCAAUUCCCAAAUAAACGUUUAGUACGUGUUGAUUCACCAUAUAUUAUAUUUGAUUCUGAAGAAGCUAGAUGGAUGACAAAAGGUUGUCGAGAUCGACUGAUCAAAUUAUCGACACAGAUACAUAAUACAUGGGCUAAACAAGAUGUUAUUUUACGAGUGAUACGUUCUUGGGUUAAACCGCCACCAAAUUACAAACCUCUUCCACAAGAUGAUAAUGUAGAAGAUAAUCAUGAAGACUCACCAUUACUUUAUGAGAAAACCUCUAAACUGGAAAAAGUUUCAAAUGGUCGUAAUCCAGUAUUUGUGGGUAAUUCACCAACAGUUUUUUCUGGUCAAAGAGCAUUACCAUUUGUACCAGUUAAAUCAAGACAAUUUCUUGAUGCACCAGUUAUUGAUAUGACACCAGAAAUGAUGGAUGGUGAAUUCAUUCAAAUCAAUUCUCAUUCAAAUAAAGUUGGAACACAAUCGAAAAAUUUAAAAUUUAAUCAAUUUAUUCCAUCAUCAAAAAGUAUUUCAACACAAACUAAUCGUUGGCCUUCAACAAAAAAUAAUCCAAAUUAUAUCACACAUCUUUCUUCGCUACCAAGAUCAUCUUUUUCAUCAUAUCCAACACAAAAUCCUCAUUCACAUCAAUCAUUGUCGUCACCAACAUCAUCAUCAUCAUCAUCAUCGUCAUCAACAUCAUCUGGAUAUUUUUUCAAUCCAAACAAAGUUUCAUCAUCUUUACCAGACUCUUCAUAUGAUACAAUGAUUCGAUUGCCAAGACAUGUUUUACUUAAACAAUCAAAUAUGACAAUUUAUCGUUUAAAUCAAACAAUGAAUGAAAUUCAUUCAUCUAAUCGAAGUGAUAAAGCAUUACAUAAAUUGGUUGAACGUUCAAUUAAUACAAUGUAUACAUCCAAUAUUGAUCGGAAACAUCGUAAUUAUGAUUAUUAUUCUAAUCCAAAUCAUUUAAUCACUAAUAAUAAUAAUAAUAAUAAUAAUAAUAAUAAUAAUAAUAAUAAUAAAUUAAAUGAAUUACGUAUGGAAGAAUUUCAUUAUGCUGGUAGAGCUGUAGAUAUGGAAUUAAUUACACGACAAUAUGGUAGACCACAUAAUUCAGAUUUACAUUUAGGUGUAUUAGCACAAAUAGCAUAUUAUGUAGCACAUUUUGAUUGGUGUUUUUUUAAUCGUGCUGGUCAUGUACAUUGUUCUGUUAAACCUGAUUCUAUUGUUACAUCUCAAUGGUUUGGUUGUUUUCCUAGUGAAUCAAAAGUAUAUAAAUCAAAUGGUCAAUUAAUAUCAAUGAAAGAUUUAAAAAUUGGUGAUUAUAUUAUAACACAAAAUCCAAUAAAUGGUCAUAUAACAAAUACAUUAGUUUUUGGUUUCCUUGAUUAUGAUCAACAUGCAUGGAGUCCAUUAAUAGAAAUUAAAUAUCAAAUUCAUUCAAAUUUAAUACAACAACAACAACAACAACAACAACAACAGCAACGAGAACACCACCACCACCACCAUCACCAACAACGAGAACACCAACAAGAAGAAGAAGAACAACAACAAAAUAGUAUUUAUUUAACUGAAGAUCAUUUAAUUUUUAUAUAUGAUAAUACUACUAUGGUAAAUAGUAAUAAUAAUAAUAAUAAUACCAAAAUGAUGAAUAAGAAAGCUGUAUUUGCAUCGACUGUUAAAAAAGGUCAAAUCAUUUUUGUUUAUAAUUACCAUCAUUAUCCUCAUCAUCAUCCUCAUCAUUCGAAUGAAUUAAUCCAAGCAGAAAUUAUAUCAGUUGAAUUAAGAAAUUCUUUAUUGAUUAAUCAUACACAAUAUGAAAAUCGAUAUAAAAUUGGUUUAUAUGCACCAAUUACUGAUACUGGUACAAUGAUUGUAGAUAAUGUUUUAGUAUCAUGUUUUGCUUAUAUAUCUAAUCAUCAAUUAGCAUCUAUUAUUAUAUCACCAUGGAAAUUAAUUUAUCAAUUAUUAUUCUAUAUGAAUAGAUUUAUUAAAUUAUUUCAAUAUAAUGAAUAUAAUGAUGAAAUAGAUUCAAUCAAUUCAAAUGGUAUACCAUGGUUUAUUCAAUGGAUUUAUAAAAUCAUGUAUCAAAUUUUACCGGAUUCACAGUUUUAUAAAAGUACAUCUUUGAUUUAAAUAUUAAACAAAUAGCAUUUAUAUAUGAAAUAUAUAACAGUGUAUCACAACGUAAAUCUAUCUAUCUAACCUAACCUAACCUAACCUA